AUGACCAAAUCAUACAGUGAGAGCGGGCUAAUGGGCGAGCCUCAGCCCCAAGGUCCCCCAAGCUGGACAGACGAGUGUCUCAGUUCUCAGGAUGAGGAACACGAGGCAGACAAGAAGGAGGAUGAGCUUGAAGCCAUGAAUGCAGAGGAGGACUCUCUGAGAAACGGGGGAGAGGAGGAGGAUGAAGAUGAGGAUCUAGAAGAGGAGGAGGAGGAGGAAGAGGAGGAUGAUCAAAAGCCCAAGAGACGGGGUCCCAAAAAGAAAAAGAUGACCAAGGCACGCCUAGAGCGGUUUAAAUUAAGGCGCAUGAAGGCCAACGCCCGCGAGCGGAACCGCAUGCACGGGCUGAACGCCGCGCUGGACAACCUGCGCAAGGUGGUACCCUGCUACUCCAAGACCCAGAAACUGUCUAAAAUAGAGACACUGCGCUUGGCCAAGAACUACAUCUGGGCUCUGUCGGAGAUCCUGCGCUCAGGCAAAAGCCCUGACCUGGUCUCCUUCGUACAGACGCUCUGCAAAGGUUUGUCCCAGCCCACUACCAAUUUGGUCGCCGGCUGCCUGCAGCUCAAUCCCCGGACUUUCUUGCCUGAGCAGAACCCGGACAUGCCCCCGCACCUGCCAACCGCCAGCGCUUCCUUCCCGGUGCAUCCCUACUCCUACCAGUCCCCGGGAUUGCCGAGCCCGCCCUACGGCACCAUGGACAGCUCCCACGUCUUCCACGUCAAGCCGCCGCCACACGCCUACAGCGCAGCCUUGGAGCCCUUCUUUGAAAGCCCCCUAACUGACUGCACCAGCCCUUCCUUUGACGGACCCCUCAGUCCGCCUCUCAGCAUCAAUGGCAACUUCUCUUUCAAACACGAACCAUCCACCGAGUUUGAAAAAAAUUAUGCCUUUACCAUGCACUACCCUGCAGCGACCCUGGCAGGGCCCCAAAGCCACGGAUCAAUCUUCUCCUCCGGUGCCGCUGCCCCUCGCUGCGAGAUCCCCAUAGACAAUAUUAUGUCUUUCGAUAGCCAUUCGCAUCAUGAGCGAGUCAUGAGUGCCCAGAUUAAUGCCAUCUUUCACGAUUAG